CAGAGAUAUAGGAAUAGUACGCUGACUAGAAAGCCAGCCAUGCCUAGCAACCAGCGCUUGUGCUGCUUGUGCAAGACUGUGGUCGGAUCGAAUCCGGAUCCAAUCUCGCACUGUCAGGAACAUGUCUUGAGAGAAGUGGGCCUGAUUGAGCAUCGUGAAGACAAAGCGGUCCUGCGGCUUUGCAAGGUGUGCUCAGGAGUCUUUGGAGCGAUUUAUCGGAUGAAGGCGUUUGCCAUUUGGUGGGUGGCGGCAUUAACGAUCCAAGCCCGUCGCAUUUGGCAACCCUUGCAAGAGAUGAGAGCCGAGCCAGCGAUCAAAAAGUUGUUUUCCAUCGACACGUCUGUCCUUGGUCCAGCCUUCCACGCGACAAGACAUGGUUCAGCUCACUGGUUGCUGGACAGAACAACCCUCUAUUGCCACUGGCUUUGUCAGAGCUGUUCUCCAUGCGAUGCAGUUUUUCAUGUGCUGUGCCUCAGAGGAAUCCUCAAUCAUGCAGAAGCCUACCAGCGAUUACGGCUCAGCUUCCAGGAGCUGUAUGUUCAUGAGGGGCAUACUCAGUGUCCGCCAUGAGUACUUGAAUUCCAUGCAAGACCUCAAAUUUGUUUAGCGAUCCUCUUCGCUGUGCCUUUUUCAAGCGCGCAGGAUUUGACCGGCGAGGCGUUUGCCUUAAAAAGCUUCCUGAAGUACUACGACGAGGUGCUAGCGCUUGCGGACGCUGCUGCGCAAGCAGCUCUUGACUUUUGCACGGGGUACGGAGCCAGGGUGUUGCCCUUCAACCGCUGGAAGGCGAACCAGGAUUGCGCUUCUAAGGAUUCUAAAGGUGCGCAUGAAGGGCAUCCAGUGGCUUCGCAAAAUUGCAAAGAAGAUUUCCCAAGCUGAACCCACUGGCUUCAAAUUCCUGUUGAGACAUCUUGGCGGGGGCCUGCGGCUUGCCUGAUAUAUACUUAGGUGUAUCUUUUGAUUGUGGCAAUGUCACGCAUCCCUGCUGGGUUGGGGCCGGGGUAUUUGAUGCAUGUUGGAAAUCCUGUGGGGUAUUUGUUGCAUGUUGGAAAACGUUCCUGUGAGCAUCCCAGACAUGCGAGUGGCGUUUUCAAUACUGCAAACCAAGCGUAAUAAUGCAGAAAAGAUGCGCUGCACGGGUUUCAUUUAGUCGUCAGUGAUCUAUCAUUUUCAUACAUUGGGAACGUUAGAGGAACACCUUAGCUACGGUUGAUAGAGACACCAGCUCUUCGCAUUGCUUUGGUAUCGGGCCCCAAAACUGAAAUUGAAACAGCGGCCUGCAGGUCUGGACUUCGGCUCUAGACGCGUACGGGAGAGGAAGGGUGAGCCAAGAAGUGAAGAAAGACGGGUUUUUCCCGCUUCUCAUAUAUAUGAUGCUAUAUAUAUAUAUUUAUAUCUAUUUCUUUUUUCUAUAUUUUUACAUACACAUACUUUCAAGAAUGGAGGGACUCGUGUCGAUGUCAUACCCAAAACAGUGUGGCGCACACUGCACACUCAGUCACCUCAGGGCUUCUUACGGUCGUUGUUGGGGCCCGGU